AUGGAGAAGGUAGCAGUGACUGUGCAGAAAAUCUCUGGAGAGAGCAUGGAGAUGUGUGCCAAUCUGGAGGACUCAGUGCAAAGCCUGCAAGAUGAGAUUGCGAAACAGCUCAACGUUCCGGUGAUGUGUCAGAAACUUUGGAUCGACAAUGCAAGUCCGACAAUGGUGGAGAAGCUAGUACCCCACCUGUCACAUCAGCUGGAGCGGGCUAUUGAGCAGGUCGACAAGAGGAGCAUCCAGGAAGUAAAAGCUCUGGCAAAGCCGCCAGAAGCUGUGAAGAAAAUGACAUCCAUGGUGUAUCAUCUCUUGAAUUCCAGCUCCAAGCCCAGGAUGCCGGAAUGGAAAAUGUGUGUGAAGAUGAUGGCGAACCCUUCGCAUUUCCUUGAUCAAUUGAAACAGUUCCCGCGGGAGGUGAAAGAUCUGCAGUCGCAAAGCGUGGAGGCAGUGAAGGCCAUCAUAAAGGAAAUGGGUGAAGGCUAUGCGAGAUGGACGUUCCAACGAUGCAGUCUUCUGACCGCAUACCUGUUCGACUGGUUGCAACUGGCUUUGAAAAUCUAUGAGGCGGUGCACUUCCCAGGAGAUGUGAAGGCUCUUCAACUUGAUGGUGAACUAGCUGUUUUUGCCUACGUGGAUACUAGUCUUCCGAAAGAGACGGAGACCCCCCCAACCUUGCAAGUUACUUUGCUGGUGGAGUAUGACGCCGUCUUCGCGGCGUUCAAGACGGCUCGAAACUUGGAGCCUGCCUUGGAGGCCUUGAAGGUGAUUGGUGCAAAGUGCGAGGAUCGGUCCGUUCCUUACUUGGCCCGCCAAGUGUAUUCAAGCCAUCCAGGACGAGUCCUGGAACUUGUGAAGGCGAUCUGGCCUUCGCCAAGUGACAGGCUGGCAGAGAUGUUUGCUUCUCAUUUUGGCAACUUUUACCACAACCCCUUCCAGGGAGCUGUGGAGGUCUUGGAAUAUCUUGGACCGAAAGAACCCCGAGCACUGAAGUGCAUCAUCACCGGCUUGAACUGCAACAAGUCGCAAGUGGGCGGCAAGUAUGCACCAAGGCGGAAAGUCAAACGGGUGAAGGAGGACGCGGAAAAUGAUGCAGAUGACCUGGAGCGCCCUUUCCGCCUAUUCCGUCAAGGUUGCCUGGACAUUUUUAAGCAUGCAGAGCCACAUUGUGAUCCCAAGAUGGUCAUCGAUGCAGUUCUGCAAGCAAUCCUGGAGCUCGAAGCACAUGCUUGUGACAAUGCCAGAGACGCCUUGCAGGACGAGAUCUUGCAGGCCCUGGCGAUUGUGAGCCAGCGCGAUUACGAUCAUGCGAUGUCUGCUGUGGUAGGCGUGCUCGCUAACUCGAGAGGUGGCGCCGACGAGUCCACGGUGCGGGCGGCCCUGGCGGCUGCAGCCUUUGCGAAGAGGGAAGAUGAGCGACUCCUUGAAGCCUUCUCGGCCUGUCACGGGGACGAUGUUCCGCUGCGCACGUUGCUGACCCUGGCAGAGUGCUUCCUUGAAGUCUCUUCAUCUAGAUCUCCCUUUGUGAGCAGCAUCAUGGAGCGUUUGGAGCGGGGACUCGUGGGAUCUGACCAGGCGCGUGCGAUGGACUUGCUUCCCAAACUUGUGCCACAAGAUGAUGAGCAAGUCAUCACUCUGCUAGUGAAGACAUUGAAUCGCUCCCCGUGGAUCAUUGCCAAAGGAGAGGCUUCCGCCCUGAAAUGUGCAGCCACAUGUCUGGGCCAAGUUGCAUCAGACAAGUCCGCCUAUCAGGGGGCUUACGACGUCAUGCUCGACGCGCUGAUCCACUCUUACUGCUGGAACUUCAGACACGGCCAGAAUCUGCGGGAGAUUCUGGUAGACACUGCCAAAAAUUUGGGUGGCCUCAAGGACAAGCAGCUUGGGGACAUCGCUAUGGCGUUCAAUUGCAGCAUCUCUUGCAACCGGGCGGAGAAUGAAAAACUUUUCAAAGAGAUUGCCAAGUCUCCUGAGGCUAAGCCCAGCAUGGUCUUGUUCAAUGUUCUGGACGAAAACUUGAGCGUUUAUUCUUCGUGCUUGGCCAUCGAUGCGCUUUCUCACACAACUCCACGCAAUGAUGUUGAGGUGACUGAGAAGUUGCUGUCGCUUCUUGGACGACCAGAUUGCCAAGUCAAAACAGCAGCCCUCGAGUCCCUGAUGAGUUUUUCCACGGAUGCCUCCAUCAAAGAUCGCGUGCUGAAGUGCAUGAACGACUCUGACUCCUUUGUAAGGCGUUCUGCUUUGACACUGCUGAUGCACUGCAAGCUACUGGACACGUCUGACGUGGAGCUGUUGGAAAGGUGCCUGGUGGAUGCCUCUGAUGUAGUUGUGCUUGCGCUGCAGAGUUUAUCUCAGAUGACACUGUCAAAUGAGUUGGUGACGAAGAUCUUCGAGGUGAUGAUCUACCACGCAGAUCCGAUGUGUCGCCGGGAGGCCGCGAACACCAUUGCUGAGGCUUCCCGUGGCCCCAGUGGCCCAGUCUUAGUCGAGGCCCUUCGCCGGGCUUCCGAUUCUUCCAACAUGCUUUGGACUGAAACGAAUGAGCUGGUCAUCGAGGCUCGCAGAGAAGCGCUGGUUGCACUCGGCAUGCCAGCUUUCUCCCAUACUUAG